UGCCGGUGAAAAAUUCUGCACUUGCGCGCACACUGCACUGCUGCCAGACUGCAGAAAAGAAUGCAUGACAAAAGGCAUGCCUAGUAGCUAGUAGUACACGUUAAAUUGAAGGUUAAAACGUUGAAAGGACCCUAUAAAUAAAAUCCACCAACCCACUAUGGCCAACUGUAAGACAGCAGUCAGCAUUCUGCAGGAGCAUUGUGCCCAAUUAGGAAUGACGCCCAUUUACAACACCAUCAGCCAAGAGGGUCUCUCCCACCAACCUAAAUUCACCAUAAGCUGCACUGCUGGGCCUACUGUUGGAACAGGUGAUGGUGUGAGUAAGAAGUGCGCAAAACAAGCUGCAGCAGAAGCAGUUCUUCAACAAUGGGAAGUAGAGAUUCCAAAGAUUGAUAGCGCUAAAGCAGAAUCUGUAGACAACCACAAUCCUGUAGGAGAGCUGCAGGAGUUGGUGACCUUCCUAGGCUGGAGGAAACCCGAGUACAAUGAGAUUGAGGAGACUGGCCCGCCCCAUGACAGAAGCUUUGUAGUAUCUGUCACUGUAGGAAAGUUUGAGGAGAAAGGGACGGAUAAAAGCAAGCGUCUUGCUAAACGUUCAGCAGCGAGGGCCAUGCUGGAAACGAUCAAAGCACUUCCGCCUGAUACAGACCCAGGAAUCGAACCAGGAACCACAAAACCAAAGAAGAAGGCAGCACCAGCAUCUUCCAAGACUUCAGCUUGUACCCUGCAGAAUGCCACUGGAGAUAACAUCACUAGACUCUGCUCUCAUCCACUGGACUUCCAAGACUCCCAAAGCUGCCAUAUUCUGCAACUAGUAGCAGAGGAGCAACAGUUUCAGCUCAGAUACAUUGAGCUGAAGGAGCGAAGUCUCAAGAACCUUCUUCAAUGUCUAGUGGAAUUGAAAACGUCCCCCAUCGCUGUGUGUCAGGGUACUGGUCAAACUGAGGACGAGGCUCGUUCCAAUGCCGCCCGUAAUGCUUUGUAUUACAUAAAGACAAUGGCGUGCAAGCAAAAUAAUCAUGAUCCUACAGAAGUUAAAGAUGAUUUCGAACCGCCUUCUCACAAGAACCCAGUCCAGAUGCUAAACGAAAUGAACAUUGCUCCUUUGGCAUUCGUUGUCGACAGUCGAGAUGGACCUCCACAUGAUCCAGUCUACCAGCUAAGUGUGAUCGUUGAAGGAAAGAGUUUCUCAACACGAAGCAGGAAGAAACAAACUGCAAAGGAAGAGCUGGCCAGAAAGGCUCUCCUAGAUGUGUUUGGCAUCGUGUCGACCAGUAAUGGUCGUCCAUCAAUUGCUCUGAAGCCAACACCAAGUGACUGUUAUUCAAUCUGGCCAGGGAAAGAGUACUCUUGGGCAGACCAUAUCCAGAACAUAAUCGAACAAAAGCUUCGAGAAGUCACCUUCCAUGCUGGCCAGAUGAGAUAUGUGAAAUACAAGGUCCUAUCGGGUAUUGUGCAGACCUCAGGAACCAUUGAAAGUUCAAAGGUCAUUUGUAUAGCAACAGGUUCAAAGUGUCCCUUGGCUAAUGAUCCUGACACAAAGGGCAAGGUUUUAUAUGAUUGUCACGCAGAAGUUAUAGCGCACCGUUGUCUGAAGAGGUACCUUUUAGACCAGCUGAAGAAGCAUCAGAAUGAUCCCACAUCCUCUGUUUUUGUUGGUGGCAGCAGUGGGAUGCUACAACUUAAGGAAGGUGUUCAGUUUCAUCUGUAUAUUAGUUGCCCACCCUGUGGAGAUGCUGCAAGCUUUAUAAAAGACGCGAGCAAGAAGAAAACCGGCGACACCCAUCCACACCGGGGAGCAAGAGGCAUUCUCCGUGCAAAAAUCAAACAGGGUGAAAGUACAAUUCCGUUAACAGGGAAAGCUUUGACAGCCCCAGAGCGCCUCUUUGCAAUGACCUGCAGCGACAAGGUUGCAAGUUGGAAUGUCCUAGGUGUACAAGGUGCACUGUUGAGCAAGAUCAUUGCCCCAGUGUACUUGUCCAGUGUUGUUCUUGGCAUGCAGUGCCACUACGACCACCUCCCGAGAGCUCUCUACGGACGCCUCACAGACCUCCCAACCUUGCCAAGAGGCUUCAUACUAAACAAGCCUCUCAUGGUUGGUACCACUAAACCAAGUCUGUACCUCUUCGGCAUUUCUCCAUCCUCCAAAUCGCCUAGCUUUGGAAUCAACUGGAUAGAGGGUAAUAAAGACAUUGAAGUAAUCACAACGGAGACGGGGUUGACUAAGGAUGGCGUUGCAUCCUGUGUAUCUAAGAAGGAAAUCUUCAACACCUACUUGAGCAUUAUGGAGAAUUCUCACUCAAGGCAGCGCGCCACAGAUUCACCUCAGAAGGACCAGAAGAGGGGGAGUGGAUCCCGAAAAAGUAAACAGGGUAAAAAGAAUGUAGUUCCUCAACCUGAACCCAAGGGACCGAGAACGUACAAGGAAGAGAAGAAAACAGCUGAUGCUUACCAACAGUGUAAGGUUAUCAUGAAGGCUACAUUUCUAUCUGAAGGGUUGGGUCGGUGGCUCGUCAAACCAACAACUUGUGAUGAGUUCUUCAGUGACUCUUAAUAGCAGUGUGUUAUUACUUUCAGGCACCCAAGUAUCAAUUACUCCUGAGUACUAUGUACUAGUUUUAGGGUGAAAAUGUGUGCUUAUUUGACCUUCAAAAAUGGACUCGUCAAUAUUGUCGUAGUUAACGUAUAAACGAGUAUGAUAAACCUUGAUCGGGCGAGUUUGUCUAUUUAAAACGUUUGGAACCGUUUGUUACUAAAUGCAUGUUUAGAAAGAUGUUUGAAAAGUAGAAUAUAACGAUCCACACAAAUGCAAUGUGCAUGUAUGCCUCGCAUUUUUUUGCGUGGUUUUCCUUUAACUUUGCGAACACACGGUCGGCCAUUUUGUGGAGUCAACGUACCUGUGUGACCAAUGACAUUGCGGUAAAAGUCUAUGAACAGUCUUCUUGUACAUGUUAAUGCAUUUUAUGUGUGCUGUUGUUGUAGAGCAAUCCAGGCCAAACUAAUAUAAUAAGUGUAUUAUUUACAAUGUCACCAGUGAGCAAUGACAACCUGUUUUUCUGUUUUAGUAUUCUGGUUUUAGAUAAUGUAUUGUAAAACAUUGUUCAUUAUAGUGAUCUGCCUUUGCACGAUAUUAGAUUUAAGUUUUUAGAUGGUGUGGCUGAUAGCCAAUGAAGUAUUCCACCCCACCCUGCGCCGACUGUACCCCAUAUACUUUAAAUUGUCUAUAAUUAUUUUAAACUUAAAUGCUGUACUGAUUAUUUGCAGUUAUAAAUUAAUUGAAAGCCUACGUCACUUUGCAAUGUGGAGGAAAUGUCGUUUAUCAACUUUAGUCUAUGUACAACUCUCACGUUCAUCUAUGUUAUUGGGGCAUUCACGUCCUCGGGGGGGGGGGGGGGACUUUAGAUGCAAAAUUUAUUGAAAGUGGUAUUUAUGGCUAUACUUGCCGUGAAACACUUGCCGUGAAAGUCUUCCCUUGAAGGCAAAUAAACCUUUGAUUUCUGCACCAUUUGAUUGCAAUAAUGAUGACUCAGAACAAACUUGCCGGAUAUAAUGUAUAGGUUGUUAAAUUUUUUAUUAAUUUAUAAAUGAUUUGAUAAAAACGUUAAGAUCGGAAAUAAUUUCAUUUGUAAGAUUAAAUCAUGUAUAUGCAAUAUUAUAUAAACAGUGUAAUUCAAACUGAACUAUAAAUUAUUAACAUUUUAAUUUCUUGGAAUCCUUGAUUAACAGCACAUUUUUUUAUUAUCAAUCUGGUAAGUUCAAUAUUUAGCUUUUUUAACGUGAUAUAAUUUGUCAAAGGACUAUCGGUUAAAUACACCUUGCAUAAACAUUUGUAAUUAUCUUAAGCAUACAAAAGUAAAUUUGAAAGUUCGUUGGUUAUAAAGUAUAACCCAGCAGAGGCCCAUAUCCAUCCAAUCACAAAUACUGUUAAAGUCACCUGGAAGUGGUAUUUUUUCAAAAUAAAGCUUUUGUUACUAAUAUAUGUGUUUUGAUGAGUGGAAU